AGCAGUGGAUUCACAGUGACUAUUAAAAUGUUGAUCAGCAGGGCAGACUGGGUACUAUGGUUGUACUAGUGCUGUAGUACUCGAGACCGGUCUUUUUGAUGGUCUUGGACUCGACCGCAUGUCUCGGUCUCAGACGUCGAGGACUCGGGAUUUUAUUUCAAGACCGUAACUUUGGGAAUAUUAACAAAUUGCUUUUGCGUCGUCUGAUUUAUUAACAUCCUGACUUUGACUUCUUCAAAUGCAGCCAAAAACCCUGAUUAAACUUGUUCCCGUUAAGGCCUGCCCCCCCUCCCCGCGAUGCUCAGCGUGGAAAAGGAGCGUUGAAUAAAGAUGCUGACGUUGAUUUCAGCUCUCAGUUUGUAUGCGGGUGUUUUAAUGGGAAUGUGGAUCUUUCAGAUCAACUUGAGUCCCUCUGAUCUCGAUCCACAUUUUAGUGUGUGUCAUGUAAUGUGGGGAACUGGUCUCGGUUUGGGCGGUCCAGACUACAACACUAGGCUGCACAUCUCCCAGUAAUUACUAAACAUCACUUAUUCAGUCAAGUCAUAAUUGGUAAUUAAUAAGAGCUGGACAAUAAAACGGUACCAAUUAUUGCGACAAUGACAAUAUAACAAAUGUUCAAUAAAAGUUUGAUCUUCAUCCGAAUCCUGAACAAAUUAGCACUUUUUCUAUUAAGAUGUUUAUUUUGUUGAGUGAAAAAAGAUUAAACUUUAUUGUACUGGGGCGUAUUUGUUGAGAACAGAUGUUCCCGUCACGGUUCUGAGUGUUCUGCCUCAGAUUUGUGAAGCGAUCCGCUCUUCAGUGAGUGAUUUUCAUGUUCUGACCACGAAGAAAAGUUUAAGCCACAAUUAACCAUCUGGUUUCACUCAGGAGCAAAAAUCAGCCUUGAAACAUGAUACAAGUGAUAAUUUGUCAUUUAUCCUGAUAAUUAUCGAUAUCGAAUGAAAUGGGAUUUAUUAUAUGUGAUAACAUUUUCGGCCAUGUCGCCCAGGUAGAGUAUAAACAGUAUUUUAGCUUUAAAGAAACCUGGGAGCCAGUUUAACUUUGAUAUCUAGCAAGUAUUGAUAUAAUUUACAGGGGCUCUGCUUUAAUUUGGCAGUAGAGUCGAUGCUGGAUCAUAAGCCAGGAUUAGCCCAGUUGAUCCAAAUCCAGUACCAGCACAGACCCUGGAGAAACACAGGCAGCAGCAGUCCUACCGGACUUUAUGAGGAGGUUUCCAUUCAGGCGUAUUACUGAGACUGUUGUAAAGGAGAGGUGAGAGCGCUGCAGUGUCAGCUGUGACUGGGCACCAAUGGAAAAUUGUUUACAUGGCUCACAAGUCUGGGCGGAGGCCCCCGUAGCAGAAUGUUUCUUAGGUGGUGACAUAAGCCCCUUUUCCACCGGCUCGCCUCGGUUUGGAUUUCCUCUGCGGAACAGUUGGACCUGCUUCCAGGUCCUUUUUUACAUGUCACCUCCGUCGAGGAUCCAAGCGAGCUGAGGCGACGGUCAGAGAGAAGCGUCACUGUUCAGUGUGUCAUCAUUGCGCCUGACAGAGGCCAGCAACAGAGAGGUUUAUAUUUUUCAUACUAAAUCCACUUUUGAGAAGUUUUGAGGUGAGAAAUCAGCCCCUGGAGGCGGCGCUCUGCAGGGACAGACGGCCCGGCUACAGGUAGUUUUUCCGAGUUGGAUUGUGCAGUCCCUCCUAGCUGAACCUCCAGUACCCAGAUUUUGGAGGAGGAGCGAGACUCUGAACAAUCUUAUAAACUAAGCAAACAUUUUAGGAUUUGUUGAGGUUUUCCCAGCUGAGCACAUUACACUUCUUCAGAAUAUGGCAGCCAUGGAAACUGAAUGUCCUCUUGUCUAGAGUUCUUAAGUUGUGGGUUACACCAACAUUUAAUUAAGUUAAUUAAACUGUACCAAUGAAACUGUCUCCAUUUUCCCCGACCAAGUCACAUAGGUUGCUUUCUACGAAAUGACCAGCCAAGUGGAUUGAAAUGAACCCGACUCUUUGGCUGGAGAAGAUCAACAGCACGAACCUUGACUGAGGGUGUUAUGGAGCAGAUGGUCACAAGUCAGAAGUGUAUUUCAGGCCCCGCCCCCUGCAGCUGUGCUCUCUCUGUCACCGGUCUGUAUUUCCCCACAGUCUUUCAUUGCUCAGGUGCGUGUCUCUGUCUCACCUGUCGCUCUGACUCGUCGUCUCUUGCUGCAGAGAUGUUGGACGAGGUGGUCGGCCUCGGCGCUGUGACCGUGCUGGGCGUGCUGGAGCAAGCUUAUUUCUCUCUGCAGGUGAUCUAUGCAAGGAGGAAGUAUUCGGUGUCUCCACCCGCCACAACCGGACCGCCUGAGUUUGAGAGAGUCUUCAGAGCUCAAGCCAACUGUUCCGAGUAUUUCCCCAUCUUCAUCACCGUCCUGUGGACGUCGGGAGUCUUCUUCAGCCCAGGUCUGUCGGCUGUCUGCGGUCUGCUGUAUUUACACGGACGCUUCCGUUACUUCCGCGGAUACUCGCAGUCGGCUCAGGGACGUCUGGCUCCGCUGUACUUCAGCGCUCAGGUUCUUUGGCUUCUGAUCGGGUUCUCGUCUGUCGGCGUGUUCCUCACGUUCUGCCGGGUUUACCUGAAUGUGGACCUGCUGCAGCAGCUCGGCUCUGCCCUCGGCCUGGUCUGAAGGAGAGGAAGGUCAGAGGUCGUGAGGAGAUGGCAAACUAAUCCUAAAACCCAUCGCUGAAAAUGAACGUGCAGCUUUCUAUAACGUGUUUUAUGAUUCUUAGAUAUUCCUAAAUUAUUAUUUAUGUAGGUUUAUAAUCUCCUUAAUCUCAGCUUGUUUUAUUGUAGUUAAUCCUUUAGCUUUUACAUAAAUAUUACGUAUAAAUAUAUAUAUAUCUGCUUGUCUUUCAUUGUGAUUUGUCUUUUAAAUUCAGUUAGUGUUUAAUAUUGUCGCCUUAUUUUCUCCUUAUUUCUAAUAACAAUAAUAUUUCAUUGCUUUUUCUGUGUUGCAUGUUUUAAUCGUACAGUGUGAAUAAUUUAAUAUUAAUUUGUAAACUUUGUAUUGUUGCUCUAGAUGCUUACAUAUUAUUUUAGCUUUUGAAAAAACAGCCAACUCAUGUAUCAUUUACAGCAAUUUAUUAAUGUUUAUAGUUACUAGUUUAUAGAUACUGUUUAUUAGUGUUUCUUUAUCCAUCCGUCCAUCGUCAGCUGCUUAUCCUGCGUCCAGGGUCGCGGGGGGCCGGAGCCAAUCCCAGCUGACAUCGGGCGAAAGGCGGGGUACAACCUGGACAGGUCGC